AAGAGAGAGAAAUAGAGAGAAAGGGAGACAAGUUAUGGUAACAACUUUAAUAUCCAUUUUGAUGUAAUGUAAAUUUCAUGUUGUUGUUUUGUGGGUUUUCAUUUUGGGGGUCUUUCCUCUUUGUUUCUCUCUCUCUCUGAGAAAGCAAAAUCUUCAUUGAGAGAAUGGCCCAGCACUGCGGAUCCAAAUCCCCAUUCUUUUCUGCUUUUCUAAGGCAUCUCACAAAGCAAAAUAUCACUUUUUGAUUCCCGAGCUCUUCUGGGUCUCUCUCUCUCUCUCUCUCUCUCUUCUCUUCAACUUUCAUUCAUCAAUGCCUUUCUUCUCCUUCUUCUUCUGCAAACAAUGACUCAUCCGGUUUUCAUUCCCUUAGAAAUGAGGAUACUUUAUUAUAUCUUGUUUAAUUGAAACCUGUGCAUUAUCAUCUAUGGCAUUAUUGGGCACGAGUGCAAACAGACAAUGCAAUGUCUAUUUCCCAGGAUAUCAUUGCCCGAGGGAUUUUGUCUUUGGCACUGAAGGCAGCCCAUGGACCUCAUCUAAUGGUAACAGUGAACGUGAGAAUGACUGUUACCGACUUGGUUCCUUGCCAUUGUCAUCACCUUGUCAUAUUUCAGGACACAACAAGGAACUUCUGAAACAAACAAUACUCAAGCAUGAAGCGAUAUUUAGGGACCAAAUUCAAGAGCUUCACCGCAUUUACCAGAAACAAAGGGAGUUAAUGGAUGAAAUUAAAAGGAUUGAGUUCCAUAAACACAGUUUAAGGAUGGAGAUAUCAUCUUCAAGUUCCUCUUUGUAUUACUCACAAAACAUGCCUUGGUUGACUAGUCAAUCAUCUGUUUUAAAUCCUGAACGCAUCCAGUUACCAUUGGCUUCUAUGCAAGAAAAGAGCAGGGAAUUAUCUCCUACUCCUCUUCCUGCUCCAACUGCGAUCAAAGAAUCUUUAGAUCCUAAACUGUCAGGGUUGACUUACAGAAAAGUUGGUAAGAAAAUACUGGAUCUUCAACUUCCAGCUGAUGAGUACAUUGACAGUGAAGGUGAAUCUUGUGAGAAUGAAAGGGUUAUCAAACAGCCCCCACUGUCAACUUAUACUGUUGAGAAACCAUAUAGAAUCAAUUCUAAUAAUGGUUUUGCCGACUUAAAUUUACCAUGUAAGCUUCAAAAAGAGACAGGUGUGAAGUCUGAUGAUUUUGGGGCCUCAAUCCCUCACAGAAACCAUACAUUUCAUGAUAUGCCCGGGAGAAUGACACCAGGCUCUCAUAAUUUUCCCAAUGAUGUCAUCCUGAAUUUGAAAAGAAAACAGGAUCAUGAAGCUUACCCAGAUCUCCCACUAUCAAAUCACGGGCAGAAACAUGGAUGGCUGCCCUCGGGCACUUGUGCUGGGCACAAUGGCAGUGACUUGGGUUUUCUUGCUAAAUUUAAUGAUAUGGAAAGCCAAUCUGUUUCAAUUGAUUCUGUAAGUAAGAAGCUGAAACAAGUUAAGUAUUGUCCAUGUUUUCAUUCAAUACAUCAAAUUGUCCCAAGAUCUAGAACCGAGAGCCCUGCAGGAACUCAUGAUCCUACUAGUGGUGGCUGGCUUCGACCAAGCUUUGCUUCAUGCACAUGUGCUCCUCAUAAGCUUGUUUCUGAUUCUGAUAUGAAAAAUUCUGGUAUUUCACCAUCAGUGUUAUGGAAAAGUACCACAUCUGACCCUAAUUUAGAUCUUCAACACUAUCUUCUUAACCAAAGUUUUUGCAGCAGGUCCAACAUAUUGGAUCUACCAUCAAUUAGUACUGGUGAUCUAAACAGCAUUGACAACUUUGGUUCAUCAUCAGCUGACCAUGAGCUUAGGAAGUAUGUUAAGGAUUUGGUAUAUGUGGGGACUCACAAGAGCAUAAACCUGAAUAUUAUGCCUGCUGGUUGUUCGGAUAAAACAGCUGCAGCAUUUCAAAGUGAUCAGAUUACAGGUGAAGAAGAUAAAUGUCAGGAUUCACGAUUGUCUUGGCUGAAAGCAAAGCCUGUAGCUAAAGGAAAGCCCAAUGAAGAAAGUCAACUCUCAACCCAAGUUGACUCCUUCCUUUUGAAUCCUUAUAAAUCUGGUUGUAUACAUUCUGAUUUGAUGUUCAAUAAGGUUGAGAAAAGUGACUCGUGUACAGAAAAGACUCUGGCAUUUGACCUUAAUGGAAAGCCUCAGACAUCCAAAGUCUUCCAGAGCCUGUCCAAGAAUCAUUGGAUUGAAGAAAUUAAGAAGAUAUCCAAUAUAAAUUCAGCUUGUGAUAGUGAUCCUGAUAUGGGGGAACAGGCACCUGCUAGUGAACGUUUCACGAAGAAUGAGAAGAAACACAAGCAUUUGGAAGGUAUUUUUGACCUAAAUUCAGGCAUGAACGAGGAUGAGAAUAUGCCAAUUGAUAUUGAUUUACAAGCACCUGCAAGUCCAGAAAACAAGGAAUGUUCUCCACCCAGAGGAGAAUCUGAUGAAAACCAGCUUGAGAUGCCCUUGCAAAUGGAAGGGCAGGAGCAGGAGGAUCUGGAAGCACGAGAAAAGCAAACCAAAAUUGCAGCUGAGGCUUUGGUUUCCAUAUCAGAAACUGUGGCCUAUAAUGGCCUCCAAAUGACAACUUGUCCAUCAUCUGAAUCUUCUGUAAGUAGUUCUCUCUACUGGUUUUCUGAAAUUGUUUCUACAAUAGUGGAUCAUUCAGAGUGUGAGGUUAAGGAGGAUUUCAGUUGUACCAUUAAGGAUCUUGAGGACUUUCUGCCUGCUGACUUUGAUUACUUUGAGUUCAUGUCCUUAAAUUUGACCGACACAAAGGACCUAGAUUAUGGCUGCUAUAAGAGUUGUGGCCAAAAUGAGCAAGAAGUUGAAUCUAGUUCACCAAUUCAACCAAGAAAUUGCCGAACAAACAGGAAGCGGCGUGGGAGCGACUUUCAAAGUGAAAUUCUCCCGAGCCUUGCUUCUCUGUCGCGGUACGAGGUAACCGAAGAUCUUCAAACAAUCGGAGGUCUCUUGGAAGCUGCCAGAAGAACUCAUUCAGCAACAGGUUGCCUAAGAAGUGCAUGCAAAAAUGCAUUGGCUAAGGGGAAGAAAAGGUCUUGUGCUUCUGUCUCUAAUAACAUCACAGACUUGCUGUUGAACUUGAAGGAAGUAAAUAUUGAUACUGAAAUUGCCAUUGAGAAAAUGGGAUUCAUAAGUUGGGGGAAGAUUUGUAGAAAGCCAAGGGGGAAGAGAGUUGCUACCAGUAAACCCCACUUAAUUUUUAGCAAAGUACAUAACUAAUUCUAAAGUUAAAGUUCAUGGACUUUUGGAUAAGGUUUUUUUAUGAACUAUAGGAUCGUCUUGUAUAUGUCGUCAUAGACAAUUCAUAGUAUAUGAGAGUAUGUUAGAGGAAUAGAAAAGGAACCCUUACUUAUGUCCAAUUUACUUAUUGGAAUCAAAACCCAUUCUCUCCUUACAGGAGAUGCAAUGACUUUUAAUUAUCUCUUUGGUUUGUUGCA